AUGGGGCGACCGGGCGCCUCCGGUGGCCGCGGCCGCUUCCCCGGAGACCGGGGACAGGGCCGCGGCCGAGGCAUGGGGCGGGGUCGCUUGGGCCCGCGCGCGGGAGGUAUCUCCAAGAAGCCCGGCGGCGACAGCAGUGCCGGAAGCAGCAGCAGCAGCAGCAACAAGCACCGCUCUGUCAAGAACAAAAUCCGUGGCGUCGAGCGCCUGCUCAAGCGGGGAGGUCUCGACCCACGGGUCCGUGCCGCCAAGGAGGCCGAGCUGGUGGAGCUGACGGAGGCCCUGGCUCAGCACCAGCGGCAGGAGCUGGAGAAGAAUGGAUCCAUCACGCUGCAGAUAAAGUUUUUUGAGCGAGUGAAGCUGGAACGGGCCAUUCUAAAGCUAGAGCGCGGACUCCAGGGGGGCCGCGGCGGCAGCGGAAAGAGCAGCGGGGAGGAGGACGGGGAGGCUGCUGGGCCGCCGCUGGACCCCGAAGCGGCGAGGGCAAAGCUGGCGGCGCUGAAAGAGGACCUCAUGGUCCAAUGGGUGUUCGUGUCUGACCAACUUGUCGACGUGCCCGGAGGCCACGGGGCAGGCAGGGGAGAGCGGGGGGGGAGGAGGGCGAGGGGCGAAAAGUACGUCUCCAUUCUGCGCAACGUCGAGGACCCAGAGGCCCAGAAGCAUCUUGAGACCGAGCGCGAACGGCUCCGUGCCAUUGUACGGCGACAAGUAGCGGAGGUGGCGGCGGUGACGGAAGCGGACGAGGGGCGGGCGCUGCUCGGCGACAAGGCAUUAUCGGCUCACCCAGCAGCAGUGGCGGCUACCGUCUCCGGCUUACCGGCUAAUGGGGUUGAGGGCAGCAAGGCCGGGGGGAACAGGAGGGGCGCAGCUGACCGUGCCCCCAAGGCUCAGUCAGCACCUCCGAAGCACGCUCCGAAGCACGGCGCUCAGCGUCACAGUGCCAAGACGUCAAGAACGGAAAAGAGGCAGCCCGAUGGGGAGGAGGAGGAGGAGGAGGAGGAGGUGCUUCGUGACGAUGGGUACGCGGACGAAUGCGACGAUGACUUCUUUCUCGCGGCGGACGGCGACGACGGUAAUGCGGCCGCGGCGGCGGUGACGGAUGGGGCCGGCGGCGGUGAGCCCGGCAGCGGCAGCGUUGACGAGCUUGAGGGUCAGAGCAACAGCGUUGAUGAGGGUGACGGCGAGGGUGAAGAAGCGGAGGGCGAAGAGGAGGAGGAGGAGGACGGGGGCCAGGGAGAUGCGGGGGCCGGCAGGGUGGCGCGGGGGGGCCUUUUGCGGCCGCGGGGGGGCCCGUACAAGCCGCCAGUCGGGCAGCAGCAGCCGCAACAACAGCAGGUGACGCGAACCCAGUCCGGGGGGCCAGCACCAGGCCCAGCAACAGCUAGAGGAGGCGGCAAAGCCGGUGCCGCAAAGCCGCAAGGCUCCUGCGGGCUGCCAACUGUAGAGAGGGGGGCAGUCGGGCUGGCAGCUAAGCGCGCGCGUGUAGAGGGGGCGAUGGCGCAGCCGCAGUCGCAGCCGCAGAAGCCACACGGGCAGCAGGCCGAGCUGGCAGGGGCGAAGAGGCCCAGGCAUGCGUUUGCGGCAAAGCUGGGCAGUGAGGGCGGGGACGACGGCGAGGAAGAGGAAGAUGACUUCUUCUUAGCUGCGGAUGAUGAAAAUGAUGAUGACGAAGAAGCGCAGCAGGAGCGGCGGCGAGAGGGGAAGGGAGGGAGGAACACGGGGGCGGCAGGGCCGGUCAACGGUGUGCCCAGGCCGGCUCCACGGCGGCCCAGGCACUCCCCUGCGGGCGCCGAAGAUGAGGAUGAUGAUGAGGAUAUCAGGGGCGACGAUGGGCCGUACGGCGAAGAUGACGACGACUACGACGACGGCGGCGGGUAA